UUUUCCGUUAUCACAGAUUACGUUACUAGUCUACCAGAUUGAUUAUAGUGACGUUAGCUACAUAUUUCUGAAGGCGCUAUGUCAUGUGGACAUUUCAGCACUUCUUCUUUUGAAUAACGUUAGGCAAAAUGCCAAAAAUAUGGCUUCGUAAGAGUAAACAAGUCAAUGGGUAAAUGCACUCUGAUCUUCCUGAAAACAAGUCAUUAAAUCUCUCCAGCAGUAGAGUUUGUUACUGACCGACUUCUAGGGGUGUAAUAGUGUGAACAAAGUCCUGUCAAUGGAAGAAAUGGCUGUUUAUGUUUGAAAAUAUUCUAUUGUAAAUAUAACCUACUUCAAAGUAACAUCACUUGUGGGUGAACAAAACAAACUGCAUACUUGUGUUGUUAUUAGUAUUUAGUGUUAAAUGUGUUUUUUGGAUUCUAGAUAAUCCUGUUAAUUGCUCAAUGAAUGAAACCCAGUCAUGUUUCUCUCCCGCACAGUUACUUCAUGUGUCUGCCGUCCUGAGCCAUGUCUGUGUGCUCAGCCCUACUGACCCGCCAUGUAGCUGGAGGCUGCUGCAGGGGGUUGUGUGGUGUUCCUCCACCGCUGGUCCACAUCAGAUUAGCCAGUGUAGCAGAGCCAGGCACUAGAGGAGCUGAUGAAGAACAACUCUGGGAUGCAGCGGGGUACCUUCAGUUCUCUAGAGCCAAAAUAGGAUCUUUCUUUCAGGAAAGACCAGUUCUGAAGAACCCAUUUCUAGAGGAUGCCUUGCUAAGAGGAUACCUGAGGAGACACCUGCCCCAGGAGGCAGCUUUAUCCGACUUGCGUGCGUUUGGAGAGCGCGUGGCAAAUGAGGUGGACGUCUGGGGUCGAGAGUGUGAGGUUACUCCUCCACGGUUGGAGCAUUUUGACCCCUGGGGUCGCCGAGUGGACCACAUCGUGACCUCCCCUGCCUGGAAACGCAUGAAAGACCUGUCGGCACAGGAAGGGCUGGUUGCCAUUGGCUAUGAGAGGUCAUUUGGGGAGUGGAGUCGUGUGUAUCAAAUGAGCAAGUUGUACAUCUUCUCUCCGUCCUCUGGUCUCUACACCUGUCCUCUGGCCAUGACCGACGGAGCUGCUAAAGUCAUCCAGUCCAUAGGUGUUUCAUGGCCAGUAGACGAAGCCUACAGCCGCCUGACCACCCGUCAUCCUGAGCAUUUCUGGACAUCUGGACAGUGGAUGACCGAAAGACAGGGAGGAUCUGACGUGGCCAGUGGCACAGAGACGGUGGCUGUUCCCCAGACAGACGGUUCGUACAAACUACACGGCUUCAAGUGGUUCACCUCUGCUACAGACGCAGACAUGACUCUUACGCUGGCCAGAGUGCAGGACAGAACCGGAACAACCACACCGGGCAGCAGGGGUUUGUCUUUGUUCUAUGCAGAGGUGAGUAGAGAUGAGGAUGGCCGGCUGAAGGGUAUAGAGGUUCAGAGACUGAAGGACAAGCUGGGCACAAGACAGAUGCCAACUGCUGAGUUGCUGCUGGACGGCCUGCCGGCACACAGGCUGUCAGAGAAAGGGAGAGGUGUGGCCUCCAUAGCAAACAUGCUGACCAUAACCCGGAUACACAACAGCGUCUCUGCAGCAGCUGCGAUGAGAAGGGUGGUCCAGUUAGCUCGUGACUAUGCCACUCGCCGCACUGCCUUUGGAAAGCAUCUUAAAGACCACCCGCUGCACAUACAGACUCUCGCUAGGAUGGAGGUGGAGACUCGUGGAGCUUUCCUUCUGGUGAUGGAUGUGUGUCGUCUUUUGGGCCGAGAAGAAAGCGGCAUGGCGACCCAGCAUGACGCACACAUGCUGCGUUUGCUCACUCCUGUGGCCAAACUGUACACUGGGAAGCAGGCGGUGGCUGUGGUGUCGGAGGGUUUGGAAAGCUUCGGUGGACAGGGCUACAUUGAGGAUACAGGGUUGCCUGGACUACUUCGGGAUGCACAGGUUUUGAGUAUAUGGGAAGGAACCACAAAUGUUCUGUCUCUGGACGUGCUGCGCUGUGUGGCUCGUAGCUCAGGAAUGGUUCUUCACGCUUACUUCACCCAUGCCAAGUCCCUGCUUGCAGGUGCAUCAAGUGUUUCCACAUUGGCGCCGGCGGUGAGAGCAGUAGACGGUGCUCUCUCUGAACUGGAGGACUUUGUUCAGGUAGCAGCUACAAGAGCGCCUGGCUACCUAGAACUAGCAGCCAGAGACCUGGCCUACAGCCUGGCUCGCAUCUACACGGGUGCCCUUCUCAUUGACCAUGCAUGUUGGGAGGGAGCCUCUUCAUCUGACACCUAUGCAGCGCUCAGGUGGUGUGAACACGACUUGUGCCCUGUGACGACUAAACAGGCGAGAGGCUGCUAUGAGCUCAGCACAGCGCCACUUGAUGCUGCACUUGUGUAUGACUGGCCCAUCCAAGUAUCCUCUUUGGAGUCUUGAGUUUACGAGGAGUCCGUGAAUGCGGCGCGCGUUGGUUGGAAAAACAGUAGGUGGG